CAAAGCACAGACACGCAACUUGAUCACUUGAUCUUCAAGAGCGUAAAGUACAAGCUCACUCACCUUCAUUGAAAAUUUCCAUCGUUGGAGGGAUAGAAAGCUUACUGUGAAAAGGGGAAGAAAGCACCACAACAAACCUUUCCGAACAACCUUUGUAUGUUUUAAGCACGAACAUUUAGUCACCACCUUGGAUCCCAUGAGCUCAGCUCACAUAUGACUUUGCCUCAUUGAAAAAUAGUCUCGAACAUGACACAAGAGGCAUGGGUCCAGCCCGACUCUCCUUCCUUUUGCCCAGAUCAGUUUUGGAAUAGCUCUGUAUCAUGGAAUACGGAGUCUCCACGGCUCAGUUUAUGCUUUCAAGACACCUUUUUAACCGUGAUUCCUUGUGCCAUCGUAUUUACCCUGGAGCCGUUUUGGCUUUGGUUCAAGAAGAGUCGACGAAACUCGCACCACGUGUUCCCAACCCCAAGGCGGUUUGGCAAGGUGUUCUCGACCCGGGUCCUGCUCACCUUACUUCUCACGGCCAGUUGUAUUACUCAAGUGAUUUUAAAUUCCAAUCGACGAGGUGCUUUUGGCUCGGAAGUCUUCCAUUACACACUCCUCAUUGGGACUUACAUCGGCGUGAUUGCCUUUGAAUGCUUGGAUCAAUGGAACAACACGGCCAAUUCUCCUCCUAUUUUUCUAUUCUGGCUCUCCAUGGGGUUUUGUCAGCUCCCUGUGUUGCAGACCCAAGUGAGUUACUUACUGGCUCAUCCCAGUAAUGGGAUCUAUUGGGUGGUAUCUCUGGCUCAUUAUCCAAUCAUUAUUCUACAAUUACUUGUGCACUCCAUCUCGUCCAAUGCUCAGGUAGGAGAUUGGUCCCUGGAGGCCAAUGCCUCCUUUCCGUCUCUUCUCUGCUUCACAUGGAUGAACCAAUUCAUUUGCAAAGGAAUAUGCUCGCCAAUAACCGAUCACUUUCAGAUCCCAAAAGCGCCUUCCAUGCUGGAUCCAAGUCGAUUGAGACGAAAAUUUGGCCCUCAUCCCCAACAUCGGGAUGGCACAUUGUCCAGGCAAAUCAUUCGAAGCACUUGGAAGCGCCUGGUUUUGACCUUCAUCCUUGGUGUUUCUGCCAUCAUCUUAUCGUUUCUUCCCACCUUGUUCUUGCGGCUCUUGAUUUUGCACUGCCAAAAUCCGGAGCAAUCUUGGAAAGGAUUCUUCUUUGCCAUUGCCUUAUUCCUGGGAGUCACAGUGGAAUCCGUGGUCCUCAACCAGUUUUUCAAGCAGACCACCGUUCUGGCGCAGCAAGUAAGCAGCGGUUUGGCUGCACUCAUUUUUCAGAAGACACUCAAGAUCCCCGCCAGAGUCAGGAACAACUUGGAGAUUGGUCAGAUCGCCAACUUGAUCAGUAACGAUCUCAUUGCUGUAGGGAACAACGCGUGCAUCAUCACCAAUGUGUUCACCGCCCCCUUCAUUAUUGUCAUCGCCAUGAUACUUCUCUGCUUGGAGUUGGGGUUCCUGGCAUUUGCGGGUGUGGCCAUGUUUUUCCUUCUCACUCCCAUUACUCAAAUAGCGUCUGUUCGUCUUCGGAAAUACCAAUGCCGCUAUUUGGAAUUAAAAGAUCGACGACUAGCAUUCUUGGCCAAAUUGUUACAAAACAUGUCCGUGCUGAAGAUGAACGUUCUUGAAUCGGCAAUGUUGAAGAGAGUGAUUGCUAUUAAAGAUCAAGAGUUGAAAGUCAUGAAAAAUUUGGGAAGGGCCUUAGUGAUAGCUAAAAUCCCCUUUUCAAUGGGCCCGACGAUUCUCGUGCUUUCUUCGUUUCUCAUAGUUACCCUCGUCAUUCCCACGAGUGUCUUGAAAGCGGAGAAGAUAUUUGUGUCCGUGGCUCUUUUUAGCAUCAUCAAACGUUCGGCUGAGCAAUUUCCCAUCGGGUUGGGUUGUCUAGUGAAGGCUUUAGUGUCUUUUGAAAGGAUUUCAAAUUUCCUAGAGAUGCCCGAGUCCCCCGAAGACGCCAUACAAAUCCAUCCCGCUCGGGACAACUCUGAUGACGAGCUUGCACUUACAAUAGUUGGACAAGACUUUUGCACAAAUCUCCGUCAAGGCGAAUCCAUUGGCAUUUAUCCUCAACCUAACGCCACCAUCUCAUUUCCUCAGGCAGCUUGUGACAAUGAAGAGCAAUUAGGCAUUCAAGUGAAGGUCCAUAAGCCGAUGUCUUUUGUUCCCAACCAACCUUGGAUCCAGAAUGACUCGUUGAAAAGCAACAUUCUCUUCGGAAGACCAUUUAAGGAAGACCAAUACCACGCCGUGCUAGAAGUGUGCCACUUGAAGCAAGACUUGGAACUUUUGCCCCAAGGAGACGAAACUGACCUUGGUCCUUUAGGAAUCAAUCUAAAUGAAGACCAGAAACAGAAAGUGUCUUUGGCCAGAGCUUUGUAUUCCCAUCAAGAUGUUUGCAUUCUGGGCAUGAUGCCGCCGAAUGUGAAUGCGGAUGAGAUUUUCAAGUUUCUGAGAAAUACUACGGUUGUCCUUUUUUCUCACGACAUCCGACUGAUGUCUCUCGUGGACAGAGUUAUAUCCUUGGACGAAGGUCACUCUCCCCGCCUUGAAGUCUCGUCAGAAUUUCGUCAAAACCAGUCGGGCUUUGAGCGCGACUCCUGUAUAACUAGGCCGAAUACCGCUAAAGUGAAACUUGUCGCGGUGGACAACGAACCCUGCACUCAAGGAUCUGUGUCUUUCCGGGUGUACUUGUAUUAUAUCAAAGCUUAUGGUCCCUGUCUGGUCCCUUUAGUGUUGGGAAUGUUUCUGGUGGCUCACGGUCUUGACCUGGCAUGUAAGUAUUGGCUGUCCUUGUGGGCCAAGGCCAACGAAGGGGACGUGUCUUCAAAUGUAACUCCUUUGUAUUACUUGUGCAUCUAUGGAGCCAUUGGAGGCAUUCAAGGAAUCUUCAUCGUGGCCAAAGACAUUUGUCUGUUCUUGGGAUGUACCAGAGCAUCACGCACGAUCCACAAAGAUCUCAUCUCCACCACGAUGGCCUUUCCCAUGUCAUUUUUCAAAAGCACGUUGUUUGGAAAUAUUCUGAACCGAUUUUCUAUCGACAUUGGUGGCGUGGAUGACGUGAUCCCUACUCAACUUGCUGUGUUUUUGAAUUGUGUGUCUGCUUUGAUCAUGAUCUUCAUCGUAAUUGGAUCCACUUUGCCCAUUUUUAUGGUGCUCAUCCUUCCCCUCGCUAUGUUCUAUUACUCCAUUCACAUCAUUUAUCUAACCUCGUAUCGCCAACUCCAAAGACUCAAUGUCCUGACUCGAUCCGAGCUCCUGAAUUUCAUCUCUGAGAUCACAGCCGGAGCGGAAACCAUUCGAAUGUUCGAGCAAGAACACCGGAUCCAAAGCGUUUCCGAAUUUAAGAUCAACAAAGCAAUACAAUCCUCUUAUACCAUGGAAAUGAUGCGUCGAUGGCUAGCCCUUCGUAUGGAGUUCUUAGGGAAUAUGAUUCUUUUCGGAACCGCCAUCCUCUCCGUGUGGUACACGGACUCGAUCACUCCAAGUCUGGUGGGCUUGAUCUUGUCGUUCUCGUUGGAAGUGACUCAUAUUUUGAAUUGGCUCAUGCGAGCCAUUAGUGACUUGGACUCCCAAUUUGUAGCCUUGGAACGGAUCCGAGGGUAUCAGAAUGUUCCAAAGGAAACCGUCUGGACUAAUGAGGAUGAUGGCAAUGGAUUGAUUCCAAAGUUCCAAGAGCUCACAGUCGACAUUGCGCCCUCCAUGAAAUUCGCCAUUAAAGCUGGUGAGAAAAUUGUAGUUGUGGAUCCGUCUGGUGGAGCUGCUCGGGAUCUUGUGGACCAAAUGUUCCAUUUGUCAGAUUCGACCAAUGGAACUAUCUUAUUGAAUGGCGAAGAUAUUCGCACCCACGAAAAAGGCUAUCUCCGACUCUGGGUCCGAUUUGUGUCGAGUGAGCCGAUUAUUUUCCCUGGAACAGUCAAGUCCAUUAUGGAUCCAAAUAACAUUCACGUCGAGCAUGAGAUGAGGAAUGUCCUGAGUCGUUUUGGCAUAAGUGAUCUGAAACUUGAUGAGAUUAUCCACUCAUAUGAUAAUCCCAUUCCUAUACAGAAGAUAUGGCUCCUUUUUGUGGCACGAUUCGUCCUCGAACCACCUCCAGUUUUGUUACUAGAAUUCCCUUUGUUGAAGGAUCAUGAAAGUGAAAUCAUGGCGAUACUCAAUCCAAUACUGGAAGAGGAACUCCGAGAAGUGUGCGUGAUCUUGUUCACUCGCAAGACCUUCUUUUGUCAAACUGCUCCACAAUAGAAAUAUAGAUGUACUUAACAUAA